AGGUGAGAAGGUGUCCGAGGCUGGUGUCGCUCUCCGGACACGCCAACGACCUCCAGAGCCACCAUGGCUGGGGAAAUGGGUCAUGCCAAUCUAAGAAAUCCUGGGAAUGAGCCUUCCCCGGCUGAGAAAUGUCCUGCUCCUGCCCUGUGCCCGUGGUGGCACAGAGUCCUCCUCACAGCCGGGGCUCUGGGGCACCUCGUCCUGCUGGUGCUGGUGGUGCUCCGAAAUGUGAGUGUUUUUCAGGGCUCUCCAGGUCCUGAAAGUGACACCAGAGUUGAGAUCCAGGCCAGGAACCAGACGGAGCGAUGCAUCUUCCCAUCCCUGGUGCGGUACUUCUGCCAGCCCCAGGGGCAGAGCCCCCCAGCCUCUGCUGGUUGCAAGUUGUGCCCCCAGGACUGGCAGCUCCGUGGGGAGAGAUGCUACUGGCUCUCCAAGGAAUCGGGAAACUGGACUGGGGGCAGGAAAAGCUGCAAAGAUCAGGGCUCUGAGCUGGUGGUGCUCAAGAACGAGGCAGAAAUGGAGAAUGUCGAGAGUGUCACAGGCAGACGCCCGUGGUCGGUGUGGGUCGGGUUGAGGUCACAGCAGAAGGAGUGGACGUGGGUGGACGACACCCCCUACGACCCCCACAGGUUUGGGGACCUGCCGGAGGUGGAUGAAGGGUGUGGGACCCUGAAAGGCAAGAGCUUGGAUGUUGAUGUCUGUGCCAGUGACCACAAGUGGCUUUGCCAAAAAGCCCCUUUCCAGCUCUCCCUGGCCAUGGCAGGAGACGUUGGGAAGCUGGAUGAUGCCUCCACCUGACACACUCAGGCAACGGACCCCGUGUGGUAUAACAAAAUCAUUUAUUACAGUUCUUUCAUGGUUUAUCCACCUCGUUACAUCAGCAGUAAAUUCCAGUCAGUAGCUUUUCUCUAUAUCCACUUUUUAGUUAAGCAUUCUCUGCCCAGGAGAAAAAUACUCCCAAGCAGUUUCACAGACACACAGAUACAUCUCACCACGUCUGUAUUCAGAUUGCCAAGUUCCCCUUAAGUUUCUCCCAGAGUCACAUAAUCUCGCUUCCCAUCACUUCAGUGUUAUUUUUAUGCUUUUACAUUACUAUAGAUGACAAUAAGCCAAGCGGCUCCAUCCCUGCUUUCCUUUGCAACCAAACUGUCCUAAAAUAAACACACAUAUUCCAA